UAUUUACCUAAAUCCAUUUGAUUUUAUUAAUAAUAAUGUGCAAUAAAAGAUAAUUAUUGAAUUAUUCAGUUAAUAUCAUAAAAAUGAAUUAUCAUAGUGAAUCAUGUGACCCAUCGACGCCGAAACGACGUCGGCUCGGAGUAAGAUACACGAGACCUACUCAAAACGGAGUUAAAUCGCCAAAUGCAUCUAUUAUUAACAGCACGCCUAUUCAAAUGCGUCUUUCUUCGAAUUUACCUAAUAAGUGUGAUUCGCCGCCGCUACCGUGCAAUCAAAUAGAAUAUUUAUGUGAAUCAACAAGUAAUAGCUCAGUCGCUAGUGAGAUACCAUGUUCACCUGGAGUUUUUGAAACAUGCUUCUUUAAGGAUGUUGAAAAUUGGGAUUCAUUUAUAGCUUCCAAGAAUAAAGAGAAUAUACUCAUGGAUUGUGGAGAUGAAUUUAAUAAUGAGUUUCAAACAAGACCAGAAGAAGAGAUUAAGACGGCUGACUGUAGUAUCCUAACAUCUAGAUGUGAAAAACUUUUUAGAGAUGAAAUAGAGCAAAGUUUCGAUAAUUUAAAUCAAUCUAUAAUAAAUAUCAAUUGUAAUAAUGAUGAUAAGAGUUCUUUGUUUGAAACAAAAGACUCAUUUUUACUAGAUAUAAGAGAAAGUGGAAUUAUAGCUAAUCAAGAAAACACUAAAAGCGAUGAAAUAAGUAAAUGUUCUAAAAAUCAAGUUACUAUAAAUAUGAACCAGAAUAAUUUUUAUGGAUUGCCUAUGAUUGUGAAGGGAUUGUUUAAGACAUACAGAAAUAUUGAAAAAUUUUAUGACUGGCAAGAAGAAUGUCUUAAUUUAGAUGCUAUCAAGGAAAGGCGUAACCUUAUAUAUGCCUUGCCAACCAGCGGAGGAAAAACUUUAGUAGCUGAAAUAUUGAUGCUGCGUGAGAUUCUUAAUAGAAAACAAAAUGCACUCUUUAUUUUACCAUUUGUAGCCAUAGUUCAAGAAAAAAUUUUGUCCUUAGCACCAUUUGCACUGCAGUUAGAUUUCUUAGUAGAAGAAUAUGCAGGUGGUAAAGGGCACAUACCACCGAAGAAGAGGAGAAAGAAGAACAGUAUAUACAUUGCAACGAUUGAAAAAGGCCUCGCAUUGGUCAGAAGCCUAAUUGAAUUGGAUAGACUACAAGAGAUUGGCUUGAUUGUCGUUGACGAGUUGCAUCUGAUUGGAGAAUCAGGACGAGGCAGCACACUUGAAAUGUUAUUGACAACCGUUAUAUUUGCUAACAAGGGUAUACAAAUCGUAGGAAUGAGUGCAACUAUAGGUAACCUCCCUGAUUUAGCAACUUUUUUGAAAGCUGAUGUAUAUGAGAAGCAGUUCCGUCCAGUUGAGUUGGUGGAAUAUGUGAAAUUGGGCAAUGUUCUGCACAGGAUUGUGUGGGGCGCGGGCGGGAUGGAAAUUGUGCCCGAUAGAGAACUCUCCUUUGAUUACUCGCGCGCGGGCGCGGCGCUGGACCCCGACGCGCUGGGCGGGCUGGUGGGCGAGACGGCCCCGCGCGCCGCGUGCCUGCUGUUCUGCCCCACCAAGCGGAACUGCGAGAACGUCGCCGCGCUGCUCUGCAAGCUGCAGCGGAGUGAAAUGACAAACCACCGCGUUGAAGAACGCGUCGCUUUACAAAAAGCGCUUCGCAACGAGGGCGCGGCUGUGGAUCUAAUUAGAUUUGUGCGCUUCGGCGUGGCCUUCCAUCACGCGGGACUGGCGGGCGAGGAGCGAAGUCUGCUGGAGCACGCUUUCAGGUCUGGCGUGAUCUCGGUGCUGUGCUGCACGUCCACCCUGGCCGCCGGAGUCAAUCUCCCCGCGAAGAGAGUGAUCAUUCGCGCGCCGCUCAUCGGCAGGGAGUUCAUAACCCUGGGCGCCUACAAGCAGAUGGUGGGGCGCGCGGGACGAGCCGGCGCGUGCGAGGCCGGCGAGAGCGUGGUGGUGUGCGCGGCGCGCGAGUGGGCGCGGCUGCGCGGCGUGCUGGCGGGCGGGCUGGCGCCGGCGCGCAGCGCGCUGCGCGGCGCGGAGGGCGCGCUGCUGCUGAGCGGCGUGGCGCUGCGCCUGGCCGCCGCGCCGCGCCGCCUGCGGGCGCUGCUGCGCGCCGCGCUGCUGGCCGUGGCGCCGCCCCAGCCGGAGCUGGACGUCGACCGAGUCUGCGCCGACUCGAUCCGCUCGCUUCUCGAUAGCGGGGCACUCGAGAUAGUCGAUGGUAGAAAUUCGGAUCUUAUCGACGAUGACACCGAGUUGGCCGUUACCAAACUCGGAAAAGCCGCCAUCAAAGGAUGUAUGGAGUUGAGCGUCGCAAAGCGAAUGUUGGAAGACUUGGAAAUAGCAUCACGAAGUCUUGUGCUAAUGGGCAGCCUGCAUCUGUUGUACUUGGUUACACCUCACGACUCCAAUAUAAAGCCCGAUUACAGGCAUUAUUAUUCGUUGUACUCCGAGUUGGAUGAAGAGGGCGUGCAGACGGCCAAGAUAUUGGGUAUAACUGAAAUGAACGCGAUUCGGAUGAUGACUGGGAAACCUAUUACUAACGUUCCGGAGAGUGUUCUAUGUAGAUUUUAUAUAGCGCUGAUGUUACGUGAUCUUUGGAGACAGAUGCCAUUCCCCGCAGUCGCCGAGAAGUACGGCGUGUCGCGCGGCGCGCUGCAGGCGCUCACGGCGGCGGCGGCGGCGGGCGCGGCGGGCGCGCAGCGCGUGUGCGCCGAGCUGCCGGCGCUGUGGGCCUUCCGCGCGCUGCUCGAGCCGCUCGCGCUGCGCCUGCAGCACUGCGCCGCGCCCGGCCUCGAGCGCCUGCUCGAGCUGCCCGCCGUGCGCAAGGCGCGGGCGCGGCAGCUGCUGCGCGCGGGGUUCCGUCGCGUGGAGGACGUGGCGCGCGCCACGCCGGCCGAGCUCACGGCGGCCGUCAGCCAUCUGUCGCGCACGGCGGCCGACCACCUCAUCAGCUCCGCUAGGAUGAUGCUCAUAGAGAAAGUUGAAAAUCUGAGAGCGGAAGCUGAAGACGUAAUGGAGGGCCUACACAUGUGAAAUGGGAGUAAUUGAUUAGAAAACUGUAUGAUAUUAUUAUAAAUUAAGGUCAAAAACAUGAUUAUCUAACAUUUAUUUUGAAGAAUGUACGUACGGUGAUAUAAUAAAAUAAUAAACAAUUACGGAUUCA